AUGGCGAUGCGGACCGCGCUGACCUCCCUCCCUGCGCGCCUGCACGCCCCUGCGCCCCCCGCGGCGAUGGGCGGCCGGCGCCUCCUCAGUGAUGGGAAGGGGCGCGUGCUCAGCGAGGAGGAGCGCGCCAAGGAGAGCGUCUACAUCCAGAAGAUGGAGAGGGAGCGACAGGAGAAGCUCAAGAAGAGGCUCGAGCAGGAGAAGGCCGACUCCGAAAAGGUGAAGUCCGCCGACGCCGACAAGGUAUCGUAG